GCAUCAUGUGACCAUUUGGCGGCGAGAGCUGAUGACGCAUGAGCCUGCGCUCGGCGUUUCAGCUACAAGGGAAAGGAGUUAAGCAAGGAGUUGGGGUCUUGUGUGGGAAGUCGGGGUGCAGCCAGACGGAUCUAGGUCGGGCAGCCAGGUAAUAAUUUCAAGAUGCCAGGACGUUCCAGUUCAAAUUCAUGUUCAACUGGUUUUAUAUCCUUCAGUGGUAUAGAAUCUGCUCUCUCCUCGUUGAAAAAUUUCCAAUCCUGUAUCACCUUCGGAAUGGACACAGCCUCUAGUGUUGCUCUGGAUCUAGUCGAAACUCAAACUGAAGUGAGUAGCGAAUACAGUAUGGACAAGGCAAUGGUUGAAUUUGCUAUGAUGGAUCGGGAACUAAACCAUUAUGUAAAAGCUGUUCAAUCUAUGAUAAGUCAUGGUUGGGAGAACAGCAUAAAAUUAGAAUCAGACAGCUGAUUGCCCAGCAGAAUGUCAUCAACUAUCCAAGCACAGAGCCUGAAGGACCCUGAGAUUGCAAAACUCUUCUCCAAAGAAGAUCCAGAGAAGCGCUUCACAAAUCUCAGAAAAGUUGGCCAUGGAGGCUAUGGAACAGUGUUCUUUGCACGAGAUGUGCACACCCAUGACAAGGUGGCUAUCAAGAAAAUACCUUUUACUGGAAAGAGGGCUAUGGAGUGUUGGCAGGGUAUUAUUAAGGAAGUCAGUUGCCUACGAACAUUAAAACAUCCCAACAUUGUAGAAUACAAAGGCUGCUAUUUAUGUGAGCACAGAGCAUGGCUUGUAAUGGAAUAUUGUUCAGGAUCUGUUUCAGAUUUGUUGGAAUUUCACAUAAUGCCAUUACAAGAAAUGGAAAUAGCAGCAAUUAUACACGGUGCUCUUCAGGGAUUAGCCUACUUCCAUUCUCGUGCCAGGAUCCAUAGAGACAUCAAAGCAAGAAAUAUCCUUCUGACACCACGAGGCCAGGUGAAACUUGCUGACUUUGGAUUUGCUUCCAUGGCCUCUUAUUCCAAGACUUUUGUGGGAACACCGCAUUGGAUGGCCCCAGAAAUAAUUUUAGGCAGGAAUGAAGAACAAUAUGAUAGCAAAGUAGAUGUAUGGUCUCUGGGGAUAACAUGUAUUGAAAUAGCGGAAAGGGAGCCUCCUUUAUUUGCUCUGAAUGCAAAGCGUGCCUUAAAGCUCAUUACCAGAAAUAACCCCCCUACACUACAGUCUAAUGAAUGGUCCAGUUCUUUUCACAACUUUGUAGAGGCUUGCCUCCAGAAAAACCCUAAAGAUCGCCCUACAUCAAAGACACUUUUAAAGCACCCAUUUCUUCUUCGGGAGCGCCCUACAACAGUGUUAACAGAUCUCCUUCAAAGGGCAAAGAAAGAAAAAAAAAGAGUGCUGGGCAAUCUGCACAAUCGAAAGACGAAGAUGGUCCUUUCCCAGGAGGCACAUAAAGGGCCAGCAGUAGAAUCACAAGAAGAAAAGGACCAAGAUCACGGUGUUGGACAGGCAGGAGCAGUGCACAAUAUUGGAAGUCAUCAGUCUGUUCCCCGUAUGUGCAGCAGGACCAGGAGUCAAAGCGGUAGGGUUGACAUUCUUCAGGAUGCCUCGGGUAACAAGGAUGAGCUACCCGUGAUGGAGGGAAUCGAAACAAUUACGUCUAAUGAUUCUGCCAUCCGUUCAAGACCUGACCAAGAUCACGGUGUUGGACAGGCAGGAGCAGUGCACAAUAUUGGAAGUCAUCAGUCUGUUCCCCGUAUGUGCAGCAGGACCAGGAGUCAAAGCGGUGGGGUUGACAUUCUUCAGGAUGCCUCGGGUAACAAGGAUGAGCUACCCGUGAUGGAGGGAAUCGAAACAAUUACGUCUAAUGAUUCUGCCAUCCGUUCAAGACCUGUUACAAGUGAAAUGCCAGAACAUGAGCAGGAAAGUCAGCUCAGAGAACAAAUGUCUGGCUGUAACAGAAUGACACAGCAACAUCAGAAACAGCUGGUGAAUCUGGUAAAAAAGUUAAAGGCUGAGAUGGAUGAGCAUCGCCUCAGAUUAGAGAAAGACCUUGAAACUCAGCGUAAGACCUUUGCUGCAGAAAUGAAGAAGCUUCUCAAGAAACACCAGGCGGCAGUGGAAAAAGAGGCUAAAGUGAUGUGCAACAAGGUGAAAAAAUUUCAGCGGCGUAUCCAGGAUGAGCAGAAGAAAGAACUGAAUAGCCUUUUGAAGACCCAGAAGAGAGAAUACAAACUUCGAAAGGAACAGCUUAAGGAGGAGCUGAAUGAAAACAAGAGCACCCCAAGAAAAGAAAAAGAGGAAUGGCUUUCAAAGCAGAAAGAGAACAUACAGCAUUUCCAAGAAGAGGAAAAGACCAAUCUUCUUCAGCAUCAGAGCCAGUACCUAGAGCUGCAAUGCCGUCUCUUCGAAAGAAAGUUGUUACUUGGGUGCCACAACUUGGAGCAGGACCUUGUCAGGGAGGAAUUAAAUAAAAGGCAGGCUCAAAAGGACUUAGAGCAUGCAAUGCUACUGCGACAGCAUGAAUCCACACAAGAACUGGAGUUCCGCCACCUCAACACAGUGCAGAAGAUGCGCUGUGAGUUGAUGAGUCUGCAGCAUCAAACCGAGCUCACUGACCAGCUGGAGCGUAAUAAACGGAGAGAGCGAGAACUAAGGCGGAAGCAUGUCAUGCAGGUUCGACAGCAGCCGAAGAGUCUGAAGCCGCAUUUGGAUGAAGCACAGGAGGCAGAGUGCCAGGCUUUGAAAACGCAGCUGCAGCAGGAACUGGAGCUGUUGACUGAACUUCAGAGCAAGAUCAAAAUGCAGGCUGAGGCACAAGACGCUCAGGAGCUUCGGGAGCUUGAACAGAGGGUCUCCCUCCGCAAGGCACUCUUAAAACAACAGAUUGAAGAAGAGAAACUGACAUCACAGAAUGAGUGCACUGAAAGGAUACGAAGCCUGCUGGAGCGUCGAGCAAAAGAGAUGAAAGCUGUCGACUUUGAAAGCGAGGGACUAGGUUUUAGAAACAUCCAUUCUAACCUUGCCCCUGAAGCAUUCAGCCACAGCUCCCCCAGAGCUCCUCACAGGGGGCAUCCCAUAGGUGGCCUACCACAAGCCUGGGGCCAUCCAGUGCAAGGUGGGUCCCCAGCCAUGCAGGUCACCCUUCUGAGCCAAUGCAUGGGGUACCCCGAGGUAGCAGUAUGGGAGUUCACAAUAGCCUUUGGGUUCUGAGGCGGACAGCUGCCGGAGGAUGUACGGAACACGGCAUGAACAGAAGCACCAGUGUCACUUGACAAAUAUCCAAUGGGUCACACAUGUCUCACACGUAACUUAAAAUUGAGAAUGGCGAGGAGGAGCCAAGAUGGUGCCGUGAGUAGGACAGCGGAAAUUUCCUCCCAAAAACAUACAUAUUUUUGAAAAUACAACCAUUCCUAAAACAGAGACCAGAAGAUACAGUACAACAGCCAGGCUACAUCUACAUCUGCGAGAACCCAGUGCCUCGCGAAGGGGGUAAGAUACAAGCCGUGGCCCGGCAGGACCCGAGUGCCCCCCACCCCAGCUCCUGGCAGGAGGAGGAGAGUCAGAGCGGGGAGGGAGAGGGAGCCCAGGACUGCUAAAUACCCAGCCCUAGCCAUCCGCACCAGAGCACGGACACACAGUGCGUGGUGUGCUGGAUACUAGGGAAACUGAACAGUAAAACCUGCGAGCGGGUCCCCACAGCCAGCGCACCUGGAACAAAAGAAAAGCAAGUGCUUUUUGAAGGUCUUAAAGGGACGGGGGCCUCACAGCUGGAUGGAGGCGUCCCAGCACACUCAGCCGAGCAGCUGGGAAUCCCGGGGAAGUCCAGGCGCCCCGACACCCUGGGCGACAACGCAGCUCGGAGGCCCCUCACAGUGAUAAACAGCCUCCCACCCAUUCCCCCUCUGGUGCGGCCCCACCAGCGCAGAGCAGCAGCCUAAAAGUGGCCACGCCCACAACAACCAUGCGGAGCUUACUCCACAGUAGCGGGGCAAGAGUCAGAGACCCGUCUGCACGCAGCUGCCCAGUAAAAGCCGCUGGGGGUCACCGUUCUCCCAGGAAAGGAAGGCCAGGAGCAAGUGGAAAGGGACUUUGAUCUCCCAGCUGACACACAUGCCAACUGCCUACGACUACCUCUAUCACCAUGAAAAGGCAGAAGAAUUUGAUACAGACCAGACUAACCCAGACAUCCUCCCCCGAGAGGGAAUCUGAGGAGAUAGAUUUAACCAUUCUUCCUGAAGAAGAAUUCAAAAUAAAGGUCAUAAACAUGCUGAUGGACUUGCAGAGAAAAAUGCAAGAGCUAAGGAGGGAGAAUACAGAAAUAAAACUAUCUCUGGAAGGACUUAAAAGCUGAAUGGAUGAGAUGCAAGAGGCCAUUAAUGGAAUAGAAAUCAAUGAACAGGAAUGCAGUGAAGCUGACGCAGAGAGAGAUAAAAGGAUCUCCAGGAAUGAAACAAUAUUGAGAGAACUGUGUGGCCAAUCAAAACGGAACAAUAUCCACAUUAUAGGGCUACCAGAAGAAGAGAGAGAAAAAGGGAUAGAAAGUGACUUUGAAGAAAUAAUUGCUGAAAACUUCCCCAAACUUGGGGAGGAAAUAGCCUCUCAGACCACUGAAGCACACAGAAUUCCCAACACAAGGGACCCAAGGAGGACGACACCAAGACACAUAAUAAUUAAAAUGGUAAAGAUCAAAGACAAGGACAGAAUAUUAAAGGCAGCCAGAGAGAGAAAAAAGGUCACCUACAAAGGAAAACCCAUCAGGUUAUCAUCAGACUUCUCAAUAGAAACCUUACAGGCCAGAAGAGAAUGGCAUGAUAUAUUUAAUGCAAUGAAACAGAAGGGCCUUGAACCAAGGAUACUGUAUCCAGCACGAUUAUCAUUUAAAUAUGAAGGAGGGAUUAAUCAAUUCCCAGACAAGCAAAAGUUGAGGGAAUUUGCCUCCCACAAACCACCUCUACAGGGUAUUUUAGAGGGACUGUGCUAGAUGGAAGGACUCCUAACGCUAAACAGAUGUCACCAGAGAAAAUAAAAUCACAGCAAAGAAAGCAGACCAAUCAAUUACUAACUAAAGGCAAAAAAUAAAAUCAACUACCCAAAAAAGCAGUCAAAGGAAACACAAAAGAGCACACACACACACACACACACACACGAAAAAAAAACACCUAACAUUCAAAGAAUGGACGAGGAGGAAUAAGAAGGGAGAGAAAUAAAGAAUCAUCAGACUGUGUUUAUAAUAGCUUAUAAGUGAGUGAAGUUAGACAGUAAGGUAGUAAAGAAGCUAACCUUGAACCUUUGGUAACCAAAACCU